AUGGGACCUGUAAGGCUGAUCCGAAACCUUCCUCACCUCCGACGAAUCCCCGACCAAUCUUCUCUUGCCCAGACAGCUCGAAAUGUGGUCAGAUUCACGAUCCCCAGCUUUCUGGCCAACGACGCCGUCGAACAAGCUUCGGUCCGUUCUCUCGAUCCACACAUUGCGGCUCAGCGGGCGAGCACGGAUUGUCUCGAUGGCCUCCGAGGCAUCGCAGCAUUCGUUGUUAUGAUCUUCCAUUACACACAAUAUGGCUACCCACGACUCCGCCAAGUCUACGGCUUUGAAGGCAGAUACCACCUCGUCCAGCUCCCCAUUAUCAAACUCCUGUUCAGUGGUGGAUUCAUGGUGUUCUUAUUCUUCGUCAUUUCAGGGUACGUGCUAUCGGCACGAGUUGUUCGAUUGAUGGUUCAGGAGAAGCGUGUUGGGAUAUGGAAAGUUUUGUCGAGCAUGACGUUCCGGAGAGUUGUGCGGUUGGGUUUGCCUAGUUUUAUCGCGUCGUUUCUCGGUUUCUUAUUGCAUCGUCUAGGACUCCGAGGGAAGCCAUUAAAUGGAUACCAGCCUGGACUCGUCAACGAUACGGUUUUCUACUUCGAGUCACUCUGCAACCUGUUUACAUUCUACAAUUGGGACCCGUACAUGAUCUGGCAUUUGGAUCCUCUUUGGUCCAUCGCAGUGGAGUUUCGCUGCUCCAUGAUUCUGUUCAUUGUUUUACUCGGCGUUGCUCAUUGUCGGAGGAUCCCACGCUUGGUUGUCGAAGGCCUCAUACUGGUGGACAAUGUUUUACAUGAUCGCUGGGAUAUGGCAUGUUUCAUGUUCGGUCUCAUCAUUGCUGAAAUACACAUACACUCCCAAGAAGCAACAGAUACGGAAAGAAAGGAAAACAAGAAGUCUUUCCACGAUACCUAUGAAAGUCUCUCUCGGCAGAUUCAGAGCACAGAUCUGGUGAAGUCGAGUCUCUGGGCCACCUUUAUAUUAGGUCUUUACCUAGGAUCCGCCCCAACAGAAGGGACAUGCGAAACACCAGGCUAUCGCACGCUGUGCACCCUAACGCGAAGUUUCCACGAACCAUGGAGAUACAUUGCUCUCCCAGGAAGUUUCUUGGUCAUUUUGUCCCUCGUAUUCCUGCCUACUCUACAAAAGCCAUUGGCGUCGCCUCUAGCACGAUAUAUGGGCCGCUUGGGAUACGCAGUAUACCUCGUCCACGAGCUGGUCAACAUGACGUUGGGUGAUCAUAUCAGGGAUAUGGGAUGGCAAGUAUUUGGGAAGGUUGGAAUGGGAUACCAUGUAGGUUUUGCGAUGGGAUUGUGCUUUUUCGUGGCUCUUUGCGUGUGGUUGGCGGACAUGUUUAUGAGGGCGGUGGAUGUACCAGCAGUGCAGUUCGCCAGGUGGUUAGAGAGGCAGUGUUUCGUAAGAUCUUGCGAUAACUCUAAUGUUCCCAUACAAGCUUAAACAGCCUCCAACUUAGAAAUUUGAC